CGCUGCCGCGGCUGCACCUGCACGCUGCAGCCACCGCAGGAUGCCGCAUGGCCGUCCGCUCGCUCGCUGCUCAUGCAAAGGCGCCGCCUGAAGCGGGGAACGGGCGACAGGUGCGUGCUGCCAGGCACGGCCGUUGCAGACAGACAUAAGCGCAGACUGCGGCGGCCGAAGAGAAGCGCGAGAAGGAGGAGACGCCGCGUCCGCUGCCGGCACACCUGCGCCUGCCGCGCUGCAGCAGAAGCAGCCGUCGCACCAUGCGGCAUGGUGGCGCUCCGGGCAGCCCGUGUCUCUGAGCACACGUCUCUCCGCCUCGCUUGUCUUGCCCGGCUUGCUCUCCCUCGACGGAGCAUUCACUUGCCUCUGAGACGCCUCGCCGGUAGCCGAGGAUUGCCUGCCUGCCCUCGCACAUGCAGGCUACCCUGGGGUCCUGGCCGCAAAGCCCACCUGGCGCCACCUGCUCGAGCAUGCAAGCGCCACCUGGAGAUGACCCGGAUACUGCAGAUCUUGCGUUGGCCUCGUGCCCAUGCUACCGGCUGCAAGAAGCAGCGGCUGUUUCUCUCGCUCAUCACCGGCGCUGCUGGUGAGACGCAGGCCAGCAGCGGCUGGCGUGUGAGCCUCACCACUCUCCCGCAGUCACGCACCAACGUGCGCAAGCCUGAAUCCUCUUGAUUGAACCGUCUGUCUCUCCUGCGCCAAAGCGGCGGAAGCACAGCCGGCAUGGUGGCGCUACAUCGCGAGCUCCGCGAAGCUCAAAGGAUGGGACAUGCGGAGCGCAGCUCGGCGGCGCCGCCUCUGCUGCGGCGUGCAUUUCCCCGCCUCCGCUGAUUAGCCGCAGCAGCAGGCACGCUGCGGCCACCGGCGUCUGCCAGCACGCCCCGAACGG